UGUUGCGCGUCCGUGGGGUUUUAUUUUUAAGGACUUAGGGUUUUUCUGGCGUUCACGCCGCACGUGACAAGAUUAUUAGAACUGCGUGCGACUUAGCCAUGAGAAAUGUAAUAUUAACUUUAUUAUAACUGUUUAAAUAUAACUAAAUUAACACAAACGUUGAAUUUCUUUACUUUAAAUACAAAUUUUUACAAUAGACGUCUAUACUAGUUAACGGUCGCUAUGCGAGUGAGUAUUAACAAAUUGUUUUAAAUAAAAUGCAAUAAAAAAAAAAACGAAAUACCAUAAAUUCAAGAAAAUCGUAGUUGACGCUAAACUAACUUCAAACAGAACUGCCAAAGACAAAGGCUCAUUCACAUUCCAUAACAACGGGCAAAGGGGUCUCCGCUGCCAUCUAGGAGUGACAUGGGAAUUAAUUUAUCUCUAUCAAAAGUAGCGGUACGAAACACUACUUACUGCAGUUACAGUAUAGACUUUUUUAUUUGUUACCAUUUGUUACCGGUUCGAAUGGCACAUGCUCAGAAUAUUUGUUUUUCCUUUCUCUUUUGAAAGACGUUAUCAAUAUUGUUCUAUAACCAGCUGUUUUGGUAUAAACUUUGGUAUCUAAGUCUGGUGAGUCUUAACAAAGUGAAUUGAUAAAAACAGGAAAGGUAAAAACAGACUUUAAUAUGACUGUAUCAAUGAAUGCUAAAGAAAUUCGACAAGCUUAUAUUGACUUUUUUAAAAGCAAAGGUCAUGAAUACGUUCACUCGAGUUCUACUAUACCCCAUGAUGAUCCAACAUUAUUAUUUACUAAUGCUGGAAUGAAUCAGUUCAAACCAAUAUUUUUGGGGACAGUAGAUCCAAACAGUGACAUGGCAAAAUGGGUGAGAGUUGUUAAUAGCCAAAAAUGUAUCAGAGCUGGAGGAAAGCACAAUGAUUUGGAUGAUGUUGGAAAAGAUGUUUAUCAUCACACGUUCUUUGAAAUGAUGGGCAAUUGGUCUUUUGGAGAUUAUUUUAAAAAAGAAAUAUGUACUUGGGCCUGGGAAUUUUUAACAGUUAAAUUAAAAUUGCCAUCCAGUCAAUUGUAUGUAACUUAUUUUAGAGGAGAUGAAAAAAAUAACUUGAAACCUGAUGAUGAAUGCAAAGAAAUCUGGCUGUCUUUAGGAGUACCUCUUACUCACGUAUUACCAGGAAACAUGAAGGACAAUUUUUGGGAAAUGGGAGAAACAGGACCAUGUGGACCCUGUAGUGAGUUACAUUACGACCGCAUUGGCAAUAGAGAAGCAGCUCACUUAGUAAAUGAGGAUGAUCCAGAUGUUUUAGAAAUUUGGAACCUUGUGUUCAUACAGUUUAAUAGGGAAUCUGAUGGAAGUUUGAGAUCAUUACCAAAGAAACAUAUUGAUUGUGGGCUAGGUUUAGAAAGAUUAGUGUCAGUUAUUCAAAAUAAACGCGCUAAUUAUGAUACGGAUUUAUUUGUACCGCUUUUUGAUGCUAUUCAGAAAGGCACAAAUGCACCACCUUAUCAAGGACGGGUAGGCGCAGAAGAUAAAGAUGGUACCGAUAUGGCGUACAGAGUUUUAGCAGAUCAUGCAAGGACUCUUACAAUUGCUCUUGCGGAUGGAGGUGUGCCUGAUAAUACUGGCAGAGGGUAUGUGUUGAGGCGAAUUUUAAGACGUGCUAUACGUUAUGCGACAGAAAAGUUGAACGCAAAACCUGGAUUUUUUGGGACAUUAGUGAAUGUAGUUGUGAAGCUACUUGGUGAUGUCUUCCCAGAAAUAAGUAAAGAUUCACAAUAUAUAAUUGAUAUUAUUAACGAAGAAGAAACUCAGUUUCUCAAGACUUUAUUGCGCGGCCGUAAUUUAUUAAACCGUACCAUAAUGAAAUUAAAAUCGUCGAGAAUCGUCCCAGGUGACGUUGCAUGGCGCUUGUAUGAUACAUACGGUUUCCCAGUCGACUUAACACAACUUAUGACUGAAGAAAAGGGAUUACAAGUGGAUAUGGCGGGUUUCGAGGAAGCAAGAAAACAGGCCCAGAUUAUUUCCCAAAGCAAAAGUGGUGGUGUAGAUGAUCAAAUUAAUUUGGAUGUUCAUGCAAUUACUAAAUUACAAAAUGAAGGAUUUAAGCCUACUAAUGACUUAUCAAAAUACAAUUACACAGUUACCAAUAAUGAGAUAUACAAGGAAUAUGAAUUUUCUUCGUGUACUGGUACUGUAAUUGCUCUUAGACGUUCCAAAGCUUUCGUCGACGAAGUAUCGUCAGGAGAAGAAGUUGGAAUUUUAUUAGAUCGUACUAGCUUCUACGCAGAGCAAGGUGGACAAAUAUACGAUGAAGGAUUCUUAAUAAAGGUUGAUGAUGAAGAAACAGAAGUUCGUAUAAAAAAUGUUCAAGUCAGAGGUGGUUAUGUCUUGCACAUUGGUACUGUAGGCCAAGGUGUAUUGAAGAAAGGCGACAAAGUUUAUUUAAAUAUAGAUAUUAGACGUAGGAGGCUUGUAAUGAGUAAUCAUACCGCAACUCAUGCUCUUAAUUAUGCUCUACGAAAAGUAUUGGGCACGGAUGUUGAUCAGAAAGGUUCUUUGGUUGCACCUGAUCGUCUUCGUUUUGAUUUUACAAAUAAAGGAGCUAUGACUUCGGAACAAGUAAAGGAAGUAGAAGAAAUUACAAACAAAAUGAUAAAGGAGAAGAGAAAAGUUUAUGCUAAAGAAAGUAAUUUAGCAUUAGCAAGGACUAUUCAAGGUUUACGUGCUAUGUUUGAAGAAACGUAUCCUGAUCCUGUAAGAGUGGUUAGCAUAGGCAUACCAGUUGAGGAUUUAGAAAACAACCCCUUAAGUCCUGCUGCAAUGCAAACCAGCGUAGAAUUUUGUGGGGGAACGCAUCUGCAUUGUACAGAACAUAUAGGAGAUUUUGUGAUAGCUAGCGAAGAAGCAAUUGCUAAAGGUAUAAGACGCAUAGUAGCUCUCACUGGCCCUGAAGCAACAAAAGCUCAAAAGAAAGCAGCUGUGUUGCAGAGUCAUUUAGAUCAACUUCGAAUGACUAUAGCAGCUGAUAAAAGCGGUGUUAAUACAAAGGAUUAUGUGAAGAAAAUAGUUGAUUUAACGGACGAUAUCUCGCGCGCCACGAUUCCAAGCUGGAGAAAAGACAAAAUGCGUAAAAUGUUAAAAGAUUUAAAGAAGACCCUCGAUGAUAAAGAACGCGCAGCAAAGGUUACAAUCGCUAAUACUGUAGUAGAUACUAUUCAAGAAAUAAUUCAACAAAAUGUAGGAUGUCCGAUACUGGUUGAAGUUUUGCAAGCAUAUAGUAAUACAAAAGCUUUAGAUUCUGCCUUAAAGAAGAUAAAAGCUGUGUCUCCUGAAACAAGUGCGUUACUUGUAAGCGUGGAUCCUGAUGUUAAGAAAAUAUUUGCUCUUAGUGCAGUUUCUAAGUCCGCCAGAAAUAAAGGAUUAAAAGCGAAUGAUUGGAUUCAAGAAAUUGUUCCACUCAUGGAAGGGAAGGGAGGUGGAAAACCUGAAUCUGCCCAGGCUUCGGGUACAAAUGUUUCAUGUCUAAAUAAAGUAAUAAACACAGCUAAGAACUAUGCUAAUUUGAAACUUGGGAUUACAGAAAACAUUGCAAAAGACAAAACUGAUAAAUUGAAAAUUAAUGAACAUUCCCUGUGUACUAAAACUUCAAAAGAAAAAUUAAUGCUUUUUGGCAACAGUGGAAGUGUCAAAUAUUAUCGUGCACAAAUAGCAGCAAAGUAUGGUGGUAAAGAAUUGAUUACAUCAGAAUAUAAGAACGAUGGUGUAAUUUCUAGAGAUAUAAAAUUAGAAGGAAAUGGAUUCGAGCUAUUUGAUAGCAACGCGAUCGCAUUUUAUUUAGCGAACGAUCAGCUCAAAUGUUCGAGUAACUUUUCUACAUUCAGUGAAGUUUUACAAUGGUUAAGUUAUGCGGAUAAUCAUAUUUUACCAGCAGUGUCCGGAUGGGUUGUUCCAUGUCUUGCAGAGAAUAUACCAAAUAACAUGAAGGGGAAUAUUAAAAUAGCUAAAGAAGAUCUCCUUUCUUCUUUGGAAAAAGUAAACAGUAUAUUGCAGACGAAAACUUAUUUAAUUGAGGAAAGAAUUAGUCUUGCGGACAUAGCGAUUUUUACUGCUCUGGUUCCAUUGUAUGAGUAUGUCUUCGAUCCAGCGUGUAGAAAGCAGUACAUGAAUUUGAACAGAUGGUUCCUUACUAUUUUAAAUCAGCCUCAAGUAACUUGCGUGAUAAAACAAUUUAAGCUGUGUGAAAAGCCUGUGAAAUGCUAAAAUAUUAUAUAACUCUUUGAACAAAUAA